AUGCUACUCAAACUCAUGCCAAAAGGGGUGCCUCACUGCAUAGCCAAACUCAUCUUCAUCACACUCUCCUCAGCCACCACAAUGCUAGCCAAACAAUGGAAAACACAGAAUAUUCCUACGGUGCCAGAAGUUGCCGCAAUGGUAACUACCACGCUGGAAUAUGAAUUGGCCAUGUGGAAACAAUCAAAAAUAGGAAAAGGCUGCACCACAGCCCAUGCAAUGUGGAUGACAUAUAUAGAACCAAAAGGGAACCAACGACUAUGAGGGACAGGUUGAGGCUCAAAACAACAUAAUUAGAUAUAACCAGACACUCGCGGAAUCGCAAGAACAUACCGACUUCCUAGUUUAUUUUUUUUUUACCCUCCACCCUCUCUCUCCCCCCCCCCCAUGGGCAGCCGCUCAGGGAUGAGGCAGCCCAUUACGCAGUCAACGGCUCCUCUAAACAUCACCUACACGGCACAGGAGACCCCACGCAAGGUUUUCUUUGUACUCCCCCUCCUACUGAGACACCGCAAGUAGUACAAGCAGUUAUAGCAGGACGACACGAAAGUCUAGAGUAG